AUGGCGGCAGCAACGGGCGCCCCUCGCUUCCUGCCGGACGAGCUCGUCGCCGAGGUCCUGCUGCGCCUGCCGUCCAAGUCCCUCGCGCGAUUCCGCUGCGUCUGCCGGUCCUGGAACAACCUCGUCUCCUCGGACGCCUUCCAGCGGCUCUACUACCAGUACCAGCAGCAAGCGGUGGUAGGCUCCAACGGCAGGCAGCUGCAACUGAAGUUUGCUGCUGCCCGGCUAGCACCGCCACAUCGCUGGGAGUUCGACGGCUUCAGCGUCGUGCCCUGCGAAGACUGCCCCAGGUUCAUCGGCGCCAAGCCAUGCCACCGCGGUGUCGCCCUCCUCGGCCGGCAGUGCGUGGGCGUGUUCACCGUGUGCAACCUGUCCACGGGAGGCUUCCUUCACCUCCCACCGUGCCGCACGAGUGGGUUCCCGUACGUCACCGGGAUCGGGUACCAUUCUGCCGCACACGAAUACAAGGUAGUGCAGCUCGCUUCGAUGACCAACAGGCCGAUAUGGGAGAGCUUGGACUGCCAGGUGCUCACGGUGGGUGACUCCCGUGGCUGGAGGCCUCCUUCGGGCCAACUCGACUCGGCCCUCCCCAACAUCCUUAUAGAAAACAUGAUGGACCCGGUUUUCGCCAAUGGUUGCCUUCACUGGACGCUCGUGACGGUCCUACUGCUUCGAGACAAGCCGGAAGGCAUCCUGUCCUUCUCCCUCGCCGAUGAGUCGUUUGCAACUGUGCCCUUGCCACCUUUUGUCACAGACGACCUCGUUCCCUACGACACCAAUCACCCAUAUAUAGAUUCUGUCCGGUCAGACGCCUGUACACCAGACUACCGCUUGGUCAGUCAACCGAUCGGCACAGCUCUCGCGGAGCUUGAUGGGUGCCUGUGCAUGAUUCGGGACCUCCGGUGUCGCCACAACGCGGCGAGCAUGUUUGAGGUUUGGAAGCUCAAGGACUACGAAUCUGGUGUGUGGUCGUUGGAUUAUCGCAUCAACCUCGCUGGAAGCAUGGCAAACAAACUGAUGCGAACAUGGCUCGUCCUUCCAAUUUGCUAUCUACCUCUGCACAGCGAUUCCUCCCAAGAGAAUAGAAAAAUUGUACUUGCAACCACGGCACAUGACGUGCACAUCUACGACCCACAAACCUGCACACUUGAGACGAUUGCAUCUGUGGUACAUGAUGGUAACUACUCGCGCAGCCAGGAUAACCCACUCUACCUGCUUUGGUACCAAGAAAGCCUGGUUCACAUGGCCGGCAUGGAAUAUAUAUCAAGCCAUGUUUAUGCAUGUAUGUUGUGUUGA